AGGCGUGACUUCCUUGGUUCCGCGCCCCGCCUGGGCUGCGCUUUUGCGCCAUUUGUCCAUUCGCUCCUUAUCCUCCUCCCUGCUUUGCCCCGCUCCUACCGACCAAAUCUUUUGCUAGUUUGCUUCCACCAAAGGGUUUGCUUCGGCUUGAGGUUUUCUUUUCCGUGUGGUCGAAGCAUCGGUUCCCUCCACCAGUAGCUCGUCUUCUUGAUUCCCCAGGUUCUAACAAGGGAAAACAACUUUUUCUUUUGAUUUUCUUUCCAAGAUUCGGUGGCCUUGGGCUCUCGGCUAUCAAUUCUUGGUGAAAUCUUCGAGGACAGUUCAAGUUUGUGAACUCUGUAUAUCUUAUUUGCGUUUCUUGUACCAGCAAAUUUCCUAGGAGAGAGAAUUCUGGUGGAAUUUAAGGGGGUCGGCGGCCGGCCAUGGGGAAGCCGGCGGCGCAGGGCGACACCGACGAGGAGGUGUUCCUGGAGCUGUCGCGGGAGUUGAAGGAGGAAGCCAGCAGGAUGUUCAACCGGAAGGACUACGAGGGCGCGGCCUUCAAGUACGACAAGGCGAUCCAGCUCCUCCCCAACGGCCACAUCGAGGCGGCGCACCUCCGGAGCAGCGCCGCGCAGUGCUACAUGCGGAUGGUCCCCGGGGAGUACCACCGCGCCAUCCACCAGUGCAACCUGGCCCUCGAGGUGGCGCCCAGGUACAGCAGGGCGCUGCUGCGGCGGGCCAGCUGCUUCCAGGCGCUGGGCAGGCCGGACCUGGCUUGGGGCGACGUGGAGAAGGUGCUGGGCUGGGAGCCGGGGAACCGCGCCGCCAGGGAGAUCUCGGAGAGCGUCAAGGUGGCAUUGAAGGAGAAGGGUGUUGUUCUUGUUGUCUCGGAACCUGUUCUGGAUGGGCAGGAAGUGGACCAUGUUGCAGAAAUCAAGAAUGCUCCAGAGAAGGAGGAAGAGAAGAAACAGAGGAAUGAGCAUAACAAGCAAGCAAACCAUCUGGGAGAUAAUGGAGUGAAGCAAUUCAAACAGGAAAAACACACUGAACACAAGGAAGCAAAUGGGAUAAGAAAUCAGCAAAGUCUUCUGGAAGAUAAGGAAACCAAUGGUCUGGAGAUGGAACGGAACGAUGUUGGUGGCAAGGGAGGGAAACACAUUUCAGGACAACAAACUGGGCAUGGCAAGAGUAAGGGACGAAAGCACUCUGCUGUGAAGCCAGUGCAUCAUGCUCAGGAAAACCGUCAUAGCCACACCACAGAGAGCAAUAUCAGUGUCAAGACAGAGGCGAUGAGGGAUCUGAAGUUGGUCUUUGGAGAGGACAUUAGAUGUGCUCGGGUGCCAGUAGACGGCAGCCUAUCUCAGUUGAGAGAAAUUGUUCAGAACAAGUUCCCAUCUUUGAAGGCGUUACUUAUUAAGUAUAAGGACAAGGAAGAUGACCUGGUGACAAUAACCUCAUCUGAAGAGCUAAGAUGGGCAAACAACCUAGCAGACCCAGAAGUGCCUGUUCGACUAUAUGUUGCAGAGGUUGAUCCUGUUCAAGAACUAGGCGUGGAUGUGGUCAGAACACAACCUUCGUUACUAGAGAAAAUCCCUAAUAGCAUGGCAGAGAAUGGGAUCACCGGGCAUGAUAAUGGACAAAACUGUUAUGUUGAUGAUUGGAUGUUACAGUUUGCCCGGCUAUUUAAGACUCACGUCGGAUUUGAUUCUGAUGCAUAUUUGGAUCUCCAUGACCUUGGCAUGAGAUUAUAUUGUGAGGCUAUGGAAGACACGGUUGCAAGUGAAGAAGCGCAGGAAAUAUUUCAAGUUGCAGAGCUAAAAUUUCAGGAAAUGGCAGCUUUGGCCUUGUUUAAUUGGGGCAACGUCAGCAUGUCUCGUGCAAGAAAAAGGCCACUCCUAUCUGAAGAUGGUUCAAUUGAAUUGAUACUUGAGCAGGUAACGGCUGCAUAUGAAUGGGCUUGUUCAGAAUAUAUUAAGGCUGGUUCAAAAUUUGAGGAAGCUGUAAAAACAAAACCAGACUUUUUUGAAGGUUUCAUCGCACUUGGCCAACAGAAGUUUGAGCAGGCCAAGCUUUCAUGGUAUUAUGCUAUUGCAUGUAAGAUAGAUAUGGGAACAGAAGUUUUGGGAUUGUUCAACAAUGCAGAAGACAAUAUGGAAAAAGGGAUGGAGCUGUGGGAAGCAACGGAAAAUAUUCACCUGAGGGGGCUGUCUAAACUUAACAAGGAGAAUUCCAUGCUGGAGAAGUUGGGCCUAGAACGCUAUAUGAAGGCUAUGUCUGCAGAUGAAGCAUUCGAACAAGCUUCAAGUAUUCGAUCACAUAUAAAUAUUCUGUGGGGUACCAUUCUUUAUGAACGCUCCGUAGUAGAGUUCAACUUGGGACUUCCUAGCUGGGAAGAGUCGCUGACAGUGGCGAUGGAAAAAUUCAAGACUGGAGGUGCUUCCGUAGCAGACAUCAAUGUGAUGGUAAAGAACCAUUGUGCUAAUGAAACCACCCAAGAAGGACUGAGUUUUAAGGUUGAGGAAAUUGUUCAAGCAUGGAAUGAAAUGUAUGACGCUAAGAAGAGGAUAAGCGGAGCUCCAUCUUUCCGCCUCGAACCAAUAUUCCGACGCAGGGCUCCAAAGUUGCAUCAUAUACUGGAACACAUACAGUACACGUGAUUAUUACCGCUACAGCUAAGACCUUAUAGUCACCAAGAAGAAUGGCUUGUAAUCUGAUUUUCUCAGAUUCUGUAUCUUUGGAGCUGUACUUUAUUUGCUGAGUCAAAAAAAAGGAAAAGAAAAAUAGAUAUUCUUGUCAUUUUCAAGCUAGAGAUUGUCUGACAGUAGUGCAGUAAUGAUUUUCUAAUGACAAAAAAAAGGAAAAAUACUGACAGUGUAACGUGCUUGCAUUUGCUGUGAAGCUCGGUGCUUUGGGCAAUUGUCUAAGCGGUGCCAUAUUCCUUCCAAGAGGAAAUUUUGUGCAUAUUGUUGCACUUCUGUUAUUUCAAGGAAGUGCUCCAAGGUAGGACAAUAUUCUCACUCAAGGCGUGUUUUACUCCUAGAGAAAACAUUUUAUUGUAACAUGUACGAUGUUUGCAGUCUACGGUUGUAUAAAACAAAUGUAUUUUUAUUGAUAAGUUGCUGUUCCCUCACCGACA